GUUAAUUGAUUGGACAAAGUUACAAGUCAACUUUUCGAAUAGGAAAAUUUACAAAAUAAUCAGUUGAAAUGAGUGAAUAUGAGUUCUCCGAGACCGCAUACACUAAAAUUAUAUUCCAUGCGGCCAAAUACCCACACCAGGCUGUCAACGGCCUACUGCUGGCCGAGAAAAAGCCAAAAGGUUCUAUAGUCCAAAUCACAGAUGCAAUCCCUCUUUUCCACCAGUGCCUUAAUGUCACGCCUAUGGCAGAAAUAGCACUAAUCCAAAUUGAUGCCUACGCUGAAAGUGAGGGGCUAGUUAUUGCCGGCUACUAUGCCGCGCCUGAGAACUUUUACGAUAACCAUAUCGAAAAGGCACCAGCUGCCAAAAUUGCUGACAAGAUACAGGAAAACUUUAAGAACGCAUGCUUCGCGGUCGUUGACAACAAGCUUGUGUCCCUGGAGCACAAUCGGGCGGCGCUACAGGUGUACGGCUAUUCGAGUGAAUCCAGUCGCUGGUCAAAGGCCAAAUAUUCGUUGGUUCAGUCGUCACAAACAUUAGAAGGCGUGUCGCUGCUGCUGAAGAGGGGUGCCAUGCGGGAUGUUAUCGAUUUCGACAAUCAUCUAGAUAAUCCCGAGAAUGACUGGACCAAUCAGUUCUUAAAUCAAUCCCUGAAGGACCUGCAAAAGUUGUACUAAGUAUGUUAAAUUGUUAGCAAAUGUGCAUUUCCGAUCAAGUAGAGCAUAGCCGAGGGCAGAGAGAAUUUCAACCUUGCAAUUUAAUUUAUUGUAUGUAAUUACAAUUGGAUUUCAGUAAUCUUUAGAAUAAUGCAUAUAAGUUAAAUAACAUUCAACUAAUUAAUAAAUAAUCAAUUCUUUCGUAUUUGCUUCUCGAGUACAAGACCUAGGCCCUAUCUGAUCCGUUGAGUCCGUCUGUCGUUCCCGUCAUGUUAGUUUGUCUUUGAGUGCGCGUCCUCUAAACCUAAACAUGUUUACAAUUACCAUUAAUAAAUACAAAUGAAUAAUA